CACACACACACACCAUUCAGUGCGCUAUAUCAAUGUGUACGUGUUAUUUAUAGAUGAUAGAUACGUACACCCGGCGUUCACAUUCUUCUUCCUCUCUUUCCAUAUAAGGAACGUGACAGGACUCUUCCUAGAAAUGAUGUAGCUAAUCCUUAUGUACCUUAGCAAUCCUUAUGUAUCUUCAUGAUUGGACGUAUUUAUAAAUGGUCCCCUUCAAUAAAUUAUAUCGUCAAUCCACCCGUUGAGGUUUAAGAUUCAUUCUAACACCUGACAGACACGAAUUAUAGUUGAACACUCAUCAACUUAAUUCAGGCUUUCCCUUCCACAAUAUUACUCCUGUGGUACUGCCCUGCCCGUUCCACAAAGCGAUCUAAGGGCUAAGUUGAUUGUAACUCACUAAGUAUGCGAUCUUAAAUUUUUGUUACUAUCAGCCGACCGUUCCACCCGUAUCCGCCCAUGUAAACGGUUAACGGCAUACUUACAAGAUCGGGAAAUUCCAGUACCGAGGCCUUCCUGUUCACGCGCUAUCGAUCAGACCCUGUGUGGAGUUCGAAACCGAAAGUAACUUGCUUGAUGACGUCACAACAGAUCCCGAGUUGAGUUGCGUCUGCCACUGUGCGGUCUGAAAUCGGGGAUAGGACAAUAAGGUUAAGAUAUCAUGGGUGCCACAGCCACUUCUCUGUUCAAAGUGGUUUAGAGUUCAAUCAAGUCGCUGUCAAGGAAAUUCUGCAAAAAGCUGUGAAGCUGCAGCAUGGCUGAAGGUAAUUUCCCUGUCCGUAUUGUGAGACUUCCUGGAACAGAUCUUGAGCAGACCAAUAGAGACAGGCAAAACAGUUUAUCAGAUCUGCCAGCCCAUGCUUAUGAAUCACCUGACCAAAGAGGCCGAGGACGAGGUAGAGGAUGGAGGGGACGUAACAGGGGCCGCGGUAGAGGUCAGUCAGAAGGACACAAUAAUGACCAGAGUACUGACAAUGGGCGUGGUAGGUACCAAGGCAGAUCGCGUGGAAGAAAUAAUAGAGGUGGAAAAGGAGGGGACAGUGGUAUGAGACGUUGGCAAAGCAGUGAGGUGAUAGGUACUGCUAGAUCACCCGAGGAUGGAUCCCAAGGAGCCCCAGGGCGUGGAGCCAGGAAGGAAUAUGUUGAGAGACCAAUGGGCUACAGGAAACUGAGUGACCUGGCGUCUAGAGACAGUUGUGAAGAUGUGACACUGGAAUUGACCAGUGCAAAUAAUGGUUUUGAAAUGUUGCUAAAGUUGGAUAGAAUAAAACCGGACUGGAUGGAUCUGUUGCUACAGAUUUUAGAAAAGGCAUGUAAAUCUAUACAUAGAGAAAGUGUUCUGCUGGUUUUAACAAAACUUUGUUCGUCAACAUUUAUUGAAAAGCAUGUAAUGAAUUUUCUAACAGGUGAGCUACAGCCUCCAUAUUCAGUUAACAUGGUUGACAAGGUCAAACGAUUACUAUGUCUCUUUGACACAAUCUGUCAUAGGCUUCCCUCGUCAGCAGAAAAAUGUGUAGGGAGCCUGGUGGUCAUGAAGGCAGUGUUUGAUGUACACCAGCUAACAGCUAUCCAUACAGACCUCGAACAGAAUAGAAUGGAACUGUUGGCAAUGUGCCAGGGAGCUGCACUAGUUGAAAAGGAAGAAGAAAGGGUGAAACAGUCGCAGGGCAGAAAAAGAAGGCCAAUGACUAAUGCCGAUGAUGAUACUCCUCCAGAUGAUUUCAGAAAGUUGCAGAUGUAUCCCGACCCAGAGGAUCUGCAACUUAAUCAGGAUGUUUUCCUUCGGAAGAACAAGGACCAGGGAAGCUAUCCAGACCUCAACACCUACUUGGAUGUACAGUUUAGGCUGCUGAGAGAAGACUACAUCCAACCUCUGAGAAGGGGUAUACAAGACUACAGAAAUGCUUUGAAGAAAGGAGAAACACCUAAGAAAUUGUCAGAUUUGCGGCUGUAUUAUGAUGUCCAUGUCAUUGGAUCAGUCUGUAAUGAAGACGUUGAAACCAGACUGAAGUUUGAUACCUCCAGUACCAGCAAGAUCAGAUGGCAGUCAUCGAAGAGAUUGAUCUAUGGGUCGUUGGUUUGUUUGUCUCAAGAUGAUUUUGAAACGAUCAUAUUUGCUACUGUGACAAACAGAAAUGUCAAGGAUCUGGAAAAAGGUAUCAUCCAAGUUAGAUUUGAAAGUGGCCAUGAUGUCAUCCUAAAUGCCAAGGCAAAUGAUUCCUUCAUCAUGGCAGAAACAACUGCCUAUUUUGAGGCAUAUAAGCAUGUACUUUGCCGAUUGCAACAGAUCACAGACAACAUGCCUUUCCAGAAGUAUAUUGUUGAAUGCAAGACAACAGUUGGUCCUCCAAAAUAUUUUUUGGAAGGUGGAGGCAUCACUAGCUACACAUUGGCAGUACUUGGUGACCAGUCACCAGCUUUACUGUCAGUACCUGUUCUGAACGUUUUAGGAUGGCCGCAUCUGUCUUCUUUUAACUUAGACAAUACACAGCUGCUAGCAGUGAAGACAGCACUGACUAAAGAGGUAGCUAUCAUUCAAGGCCCUCCUGGAACUGGAAAAACAUAUGUUGGGCUAAAAAUUGCCGAGGUGCUUUUCGCAAACAGAACUGCUUGGUCAAAGGAUCCAACAAGCAAUGCAGUGUUGGUAGUUUGUUACACAAACCAUGCUCUUGACCAAUUCCUGGAAGGGAUUGCUCGUUUUCUUCAAGAGGAUAUUGUUCGAGUUGGAGGGAGAAGUAGCAGUGAAGAAUUAAAGAAAUUCAACUUGAAAGAACUCAGAAUGGAAAAACGUAAGGAGAAGAGUGUCAGAAGAAGUGUCAUAAAUAACUCUUAUCAAUGCAGGAAGUUUAUGACAGCUUUAAGGCGGGAUAUAGAGGAGGUUAGCGGAAGGAUUGAGGUGAGUUCAAUUGGAAUUCUCAAUGAGAAGGUCCUGAUGCGAUUUAUGGAUGGCCAUCAUUACCAAUCACUUACGGAAAGAUAUGCAAGAGACUCCAACAUGGCUGCUGUUCAAAUCUGGCUAGGAUUGGAGGAUUUGACAUGUCAGAGCGAAGGUGAUCAGGCCAAAAUCGCUUUGCUAGAACACUGGGUUCAGCUUAUAUUAAAGGUCUGUUCUCGUUACAUCCAAGAGAAGAAAAACAAACCCAUCGAUGUUGAGAAGGUCAUGUCUUUGGGACUUGUUCAUCGAGUUGACCUGUAUCACGCCUGGAUAGAACAGUUCAGGUCCCAUAUUAGGAAGAAAAUACAUGAACUGGAAGAAGGAUGCGACGAGGAGGAGGAGGAGGAUAAAUUUGAAAGCCCGGAACUACAUGGACUCCGACUGCAACUUGAGUCAUCACAGAAUUAUGUUCUCAUGGAUGCACCUCUUCGUCCAUUUGUCCCAAAUGACAUCUUCAGAGCUAUUACAACUGGGAAGUAUUCUCGUUUUGAAGAAGGGUGCGCAAUUCAGGCUUGGCUUGGGGCCUCCCGUUACCUACUGGAAGAGGGUCUUCCCUUAGCAAUACAACAACUAGAACUUGAAACUGAAGAUGAUGAAUAUGAUGAUGAGGGGCUGAAUGCAGAUGAAGAGGCAGAUAUCAUUACAGCUCAGAGAUUGGUUGAUGAUCAAGACAACAUAUUUCAGACAAAAUCGGGAAAUUCAGCGUUUCGUAUUAAGAAGGCUAUGGAAUCCGUUGCCUUGAGUAUGGAGAGUUUGGAGAAGAAAGACGGGAAAAAGAAGGAAGGGAAGGAUGGAGAGUGGGAGCUUCAGCCUCAGCAGAAGAAGAAACUCAAAAAGCAGCUGGAAAGUAUAUUGAAAAGUAAAGAGUGCAUGGAAGAGAAACAGGUUGAUUGUAUAGAUGAUGUUUGGGCUGUGCCCAUUCAGCAACGAGCCUCUCUGUACAGAUACUGGCUGCUGAAGUACCAGAACUAUCUAAAGGAAUCCAUCCAAGGGAAAGAAGAGGAAUAUCGAAAAACAGCAAGUCGUUUGAAAGAGGUUCUCCAAGAAGAGGACAGAGAUAUUCUAGCUGAAGCAAAAGUGAUUGGUAUGACAACAACUGGAGCUGCCAAACAUGCAGCUCUGUUGCAAGCUGUUGCUCCGAGAAUCAUCAUUGUUGAAGAGGCUGCUGAGGUCCUUGAGUCUCAUAUCAUCACAACACUCAAUCCUAGAUGUCAGCAUCUCAUCCUUAUUGGCGAUCAUCAACAGCUCAGACCAAAUCCAACUGUCUAUGAACUAGCAAAGACUUACAAUUUAGACAUAUCUCUUUUUGAGAGACUGAUAAAGAAUGACAUGCACCAUGUCACUCUCGGGCACCAGCAUAGGAUGAGACCUGACAUUUCUGUCCUCAUCAAACACAUUUAUCCUGAGCUUCAAGAUCAUCAGUCUGUUACCACAUUUCCGGAUGUCCUCGGGGUUGAAAAGAAUGUCUUCUUUGUUCACCAUGAACAUGACGAAGAGCAUCAAAGUGAAACCAUGAGUAAAACCAACGAGCAUGAAGCGUCAUUCAUUGUUGCUCUUACUCGAUAUUUUCUUCUUCAAGGUUACAAACCGUCUGAGAUCACGAUCCUUGCUGCUUACACAGGUCAAAUCCUACUCAUCAAAAAACACAUGUCUAAAAUGACAGACAUGUUUAAAGGUGUUCGGCUUACCUCUGUUGACAAUUAUCAAGGUGAAGAGUGUAAAAUCGUCUUACUUUCCUUUGUCCGAAGUAAUGAAGAAGGGUCGAUAGGAUUCCUUGGUAUUGAGAACCGAGUAUGUGUGGCUUUGUCAAGGGCAAAAGAAGGACUCUAUGCUGUUGGAAAUUUUCAUCUUCUCUCCCAAAAGAGUUCUCUGUGGAAAAAGAUUACUGAGACAUUGAAAGAAAAGAAAUUCCUUGGUCUCUCCCUUCGGUUGAAAUGCCAAAAUCACCCGGAAGUGACAAUAGAUGCUUCCGAAGCUAGUGACUUUGAAAAAGCUCCAGAAGGAGGGUGUACAAGACCAUGUGAUAUCAGACUGCCAUGUGGCCAUGUCUGUGAACGAAUUUGUCACAACGUAGACCGGGAGCACAAUGGUUUCAGAUGCAGGAAACCCUGUACCAGAGGAUUUCCACAGUGCAGCCAUGAUUGUCCAAAGAAAUGUUUUGAGAAAUGUGACAAUUGUCGUAUUCCUGUACCAAAGACCAUUCCUAUGUGUCGUCAUGUGGACAUGGUUCCCUGUUCCAGAGAUCCAUAUUCCUGGGCCUGUACCAAGACAUGUAACACCAAACUGCCAUGUAGUCACCAAUGCAAGGGAAAGUGUGGCAACUGCCGGAAAGGAGGACACAGAGAACUCUGUACAGAGAUGGUAGAGAAAGUCUGGCCAUGUGAACACAUCCUCCAGACAAAGUGUCAUGAAGCCAACCUUGCAACAAUAUGUGACCGUCCAUGUCAGACUACACUUGACUGUGGACACAAGUGUAAGGGAACAUGUGGAGCGUGCUUCUUUGGGCGUAUUCACAAGGCAUGCAAAGAAAAGUGUAAAAAGAAGCUCCCAUGUUCCCAUAAAUGUCAGCAACCCUGUGGAGCUGCCUGUACUCCCUGCAGUGACGUUUGCACCACCGCCUGUUCUCAUAGUGUAUGCAGCAAGCCCUGCGGUCAAGUCUGUCUCCCAUGUACGGAAGUUUGUCCUGGUGGAUGCAAACAUUCUACUUGCACAAAGCUGUGUUCUGAUGAAUGUACCAACACGCCAUGCGAGUUGCCAUGUGACAAGAUGGUGUUUCCAUGCAGACAUAAGUGUAUUGGGCUUUGUGGAGAAAUGUGCCUGUGCAGUGAAUGUUAUAAGGGGCCACUUCCAACUACCUCUACCACAUCAGAGGAGUCAGAAACGUUCAUCAGAUUCAAAUCUUGUGAUCAUGUAUUCACCAAGACGUACAUGGACAUAUGGAUGAAAGCUGCAUCGGCAAAGUAUGCCACUUUGCCAGUCUGCCCCAAAUGUCAGAAGACAAUAAAGGGAAGUGCCAGAUAUGCUAAUAUCAUCAAGAAAAGCUUCUCAGAAAUACAAGAUAUGAAGAAAGAACUUGAGGCCGCAUCUUCAACUAAGAGCAAACUCACCACCCUUAAAGCAUCUUUCUCCAGUUCCCCUCUUCCAAUGGAUGUAAUCAGGAAGCUUCAGGACUUUCUCAUGAACCCACACAGUACCAUCAAUACCGUCAAUGCUGUUAAGAGUCAGUUCUCAAUGUCCGUUGAUCUCUAUGAGAUUCAGCAGCUGCUCACCAGCUCCCACCUGAAAGCAUCCGAAGAAGCCAAAGAUGUUGACGUCCUUCUGAACCAUGUCCUACAGAAGAAAGACUUCAUGAGCCCUCAGAUGAUCAAAGAGUACAGGGCUGAGAUCAGGAGACUCUUAACCAAGAUAACACAAUCUGGUCCAAAGGCUCCUAAACAUAACCCUGCUGAGGAGGGUACAUCUGUUUAGUCUCUGCUAUGGAAAAUGCAAGUGAUUCAUUAUGUAAUUUCAGUGAAGUAAUUAGCCAAGUAACAGGUGUUAAAACUGCCGGUUUAAAUAUUUUGUAUUAGUGGACAAUGGUAUUUCAAGAUACUUUAAUUAUGUUCCAUACGCCGAUCGGUCAGAAAACCGACGUCUAGUGGUUUGUAGACUGCAGUCCAUUCUACUGUCAGCUGGUGUCAUCAAAUAUAUACUACAUACCUGUUCGCUGUGUGCUGUAAAGAGAAUGCAUACUUGAGGAAAGAAUUACUUGUGUGUUUAUCUCUGAUUAUGUUUUUCUUUGUGCUCAUUGUAUUUUAUUUAUGGCGGUAAUCUUCCGCUCGUGCUUGUUUAUCUAUUCACCUCCAAAUAAGUAUGGGAACACAUUGUAUGAAUGUAGUAUAGAUAUGUUUUAGUUUCAGACAUUUCAACAGAGUAGAAAGGAUAGUAGCAAAUCACACAAAUGCGUCCUCAGAUACCACGGCUUUUAUGCAAUGACCACAUCUUGGACUGAUGAUGUGAUUUAGUGAAUGGAAAGCGGUCAUUCCCGUCGUGCAAAAAUCAAAAUUCAUGGAAGAACUAGAAGGAACAUCUGGUGCACGGAUGCUACACCACUUUGGUCUGUGCAUCACGUCGAACAACUAACCUUGUGCGGACAUCAUCUCAUGUGGAAUAAACAAAAGUCCCGAUUCUGCCUACAGUUUAAUUAUGGUCCUGAGACGCCUUAGUACAUUUUACCACCGUGCGUGAGAGGGGCUUGUUUGUCAGUGGAUCUUUAAUGAUCCCAUGAGGCUUUAGUUGCCAUCACACGACUUCCCUUCCCAUGCCCAAGGCUACAUCGGUGCAGGAAGUGCAUUCUGCUAAGUGGUCGUUAUUGACACCAUCCGACCAUGUGUCACGUACCUUUUUGGACCCAAUUGCGUCGAUCGGUGCUCAUAAUGUCAGUCACCGGAUUGUCUUGUCGAGACUCGUUUAUUUACCGACCGCCGUCAUAUAGCUGGAAUACUGAGUGCGGCGUUAAACAACAAACAAACAAACAUUACCUGCUUCCAGACUCCCGUCAAAAUCAUCCCCUAUUUUUCCUUUGCACUUAUUUUACAGCAUUGUCUGUACUUUUUGUUUUCAAAUAUAUGGUCAUAUCAGUUUUGUUUUCAUGGUGUCCGGAAAACCAGGUUUUCCGAUACUAUUUUUGAUAGUGUUUGUGGACAGUUGGGUUCAGUUGUGUGAAUGGUCAUCACAGGCCACAACCGUGCUGACUCUGGUACAAUAUGUUAUAGCAAUCAGCUAUACCUUUUGAUGAUACCGUAAAAGGUGACUAUGCUUGUCGUAAAAGGCGACUAACGGGAUCGGGUGGUCAGGCUCGCUGACUUGGUUGAUGCAUGUCAUCGAUCCCAAUUGGGUGGAUCGAUGCUCAUGAUAUCAGUCACUGGAUUGUCUGGUCCAGACUCGAUUAUUUACAGACCGCCGUCACAUAGUUGGAAUAUUGCUGAGUGCGGCGUUAAACAACAAACCAAUCAAUCAAUAAUGAUACACAUUACAUGAAACCACAAAUAAACAUGACAAACACAUGGACAACUAUGAACCAAAUUAAUUUGGAUUUACAGAAAUGAGAAACGGCCUUAUCCAUCCCCAUGAAGAGAAUUAGGGUCAAACAAUUAAAAUUAUAACUACUCAUUUUCUAGCCUUGGAGAAAUGACACUCACCAAUUUGGAUGAUUGAUAAAAAUAUCAUUGUGACGUUUUCGUCAAUUAACUAAACAUGCUUUUUACUUGAUAUUUUGAUUAUAUCCAUGCUGUGGUUGUAGGUGUAUGUUUGAUUUAGUUUGUUGUGCAUUUUACAUCCUUUAUACUUUUUUAUAAACGUCACAAAUACUUGUUUGUUCGUGUUUAGGAACCAUCUAAUUGUUCCGAUUAUGCAGUUAGCAUGUCAUGUUCAGUUCAAAAUUGUAUUAUAACAACGUCAAUUCAAAUUCAUAUGAUUUCAAAAUCAAUUGUUUAGCAUUAAGACUGUUGUUUUCAUUAUUUCAAUGUCAAUAGUAUUAUGUAUAUAUUGUGAAGGUAGUAUUUACAUAGUUUGCAACCAAGUGUGUAUGAAAACCUCUGCUUUAUGAGUGGCAUUUUAAAAAACAUUGUAUAUUUUUUUCUUGUGCUUGUUUAAUGCUAUUUGGUGCAUUAUUUCAGCGUUCGAAAUACCUGCCUGCCCGACCGUCCGAGACGGGUUGAUUUCAACUCGGGCUGCCAGGUUUUCAAAUCCCCCUGCCCGGCGGUCGGGUUAUGUUUCAUAUGUGAAUAUAUUCUAAAUAUUCCCCGAUGAUAAGCAUUAAUUCACAUGUAAAGAUGAAUGAUAAAAUGUAACCAAAAAGAAACCCCGUUAGCUAACCUAAAAUUUAGGCCCUGUUUAGGAAUAAGGAUAUUUACAUGAUGUAGUCCAGGAUAUUAAAUACAAAUCUGACCUAAAAAGUGUUUGCUAUUUCUUUUCUUGCAUUACUUCAUGUUCAAUGAAUUCGAUUUAAAGUUUUAAUUAAAUUAUCCUGAGAAACAUAUGAUUAUAGUGGGCAGGCAGGUUUUGGUCAGGGCUGGCAGGUAUUUCAGCUAGCGAGUCCUGUGGUCUGGCUGAAAUAUUUGGGAAUUUCAUACCCUGAUUAUUUACAUAUUAUUAUCAGAACAUAACUGUACCUUACUAUACCCGGAAACAAGAGAGUUAAGAGAAUACUUGUAUCUCUGCAGUAUGGACAUGACGUCCUCUGUGACCCGUGAAGAUCUGGGGGAGGAUAGGUCUUCAGCAACCCAUGCUAGUCGUAAAAGGCGAUUAUGCUUGUCGUCAGAGGCGACUAACGGGAUCGGGUGGUCAGGCUCGCUGACUUGGUUGAAGCAUGUCAUCGUAUCCCAAUUGCGUGGAUCGAUGCUCAUGGUAUUCAUCACUGGAUUGUCUGGUCCAGACUCGAUUAUUUACAGACCGCUGUCGUAUAGCUGAAAUAUUGCUGAGUGCGGUGUUAAACACCAAACAAACAAACAAACAAAUUACGUACUCUGUAGAUGGCGUACAACUGCGGACAAGGCAUUUGUGGUAAACUGUAGACGUGACGUACUUUGUAGACAUGAUGUCCAUGGUACAAUGUGAACAUGGUACAUGGUACACAUGACGUACACGAUACACUGUAGACUUGACGUACUGUCGAUAUGGCGUACAUGGUACAUUGUUGACAUGACGUACAUGAUAUAAAUGUAGACUUGAUGUACUAUCGACAUGACUUAUUUGGUACACUGUAAAUAUGGCCUGCACUUUAAUUCCUUAUAGUACAUUCCCUGUAGACGUGAUGAACACACGACAUGACGUGCAUGGUACACUGUAAACGGCCUGCACUGUAAUUCUAUAUAGGACAUUCCCUGUAGACGUGAUGAACACAAGACAUGACGUGCAUGGUACACUGUAAAUGGCCUGCACUGUAAUUCUAUAUAGGACAUUCCCUGUAGACGUGAUGAACACAAGACAUGACGUGCAUGGUACACUGUAAAUGGCCUGCACUGUAAUUCUAUAUAGGACAUUCCCUGUAGACGUGAUGAACACAAGACAUGACGUGCAUGGUACACUGUAAAUGGCCUACACUGUAAUUCUAUAUAGGACAUUCCCUGUAGACGUGAUGAACACAAGACAUGACGUGCAUGGUACACUGUAAAUGGCCUGCACUGUAAUUCUAUAUAGGACAUUCCCUGUAGACGUGAUGAACACAAGACAUGACGUGCAUGGUACACUGUAAAUAUGGCCUGCACUGUAAUUCUAUAUGGGACAUUCCCUGUAGACGUGAUGAACACAAGACAUGACGUGCAUGGUACACUGUAAAUAUGGCCUGCACUGUAAUUCUAUAUAGGACAUUCCCUGUAGACGUGAUGAACACAAGACAUGACGUGCAUGGUACACUGUAAAUAUGGCCUGCACUGUAAUUCUAUAUGGGACAUUCCCUGUAGACGUGAUGAACACAAGACAUGACGUGCAUGGUACACUGUAAAUGGCCUGCACUGUAAUUCUAUAUAGGACAUUCCCCGUAGACGUGAUGAACACAAGACAUGACGUGCAUGGUACACUGUAAAUAUGGCCUGCAUUGUAAUUCUAUAUGGGACAUUCCCUGUAGACGUGAUGAACACAAGACAUGACGUGCAUGGUACACUGUAAAUAUGGCCUGCACUGUAAUUCUAUAUAGGACAUUCCCUGUAGACGUGAUGAACACAAGACAUGACGUGCAUGGUACACUGUAAAUAUGGCCUGCACUGUAAUUCUAUAUAGGACAUUCCCUGUAGACGUGAUGAACACAAGACAUGACGUGCAUGGUACACUGUAAAUGGCCUGCACUGUAAUUCUAUAUAGGACAUUCCCCGUAGACGUGAUGAACACAAGACAUGACGUGCAUGGUACACUGUAAAUAUGGCCUGCAUUGUAAUUCUAUAUGGGACAUUCCCUGUAGACGUGAUGAACACAAGACAUGACGUGCAUGGUACACUGUAAAUAUGGCCUGCACUGUAAUUCUAUAUAGGACAUUCCCUGUAGACGUGAUGAACACAAGACAUGACGUGCAUGGUACACUGUAAAUAUGGCCUGCACUGUAAUUCUAUAUGGGACAUUCCCUGUAGACGUGAUGAACACAAGACAUGACGUGCAUGGUACACUGUAAAUAUGGCCUGCACUGUAAUUCUAUAUGGGACAUUCCCUGUUGACGUGAUGAACACAAGCCAUGACGUGCAUGGUACACUAUAAAUAUGGCCUGCACUGUAAUUAUAUAUGGGACAUUCCCUGUAGACGUGAUGAACACAAGACAUGACGUGCAUGGUACACUGUAAAUAUGGCCUGCACUGUAAUUCUAUAUGGGACAUUCCCUGUAGACGUGAUGAACACAAGCCAUGACGUGCAUGGUACACUGUAAAUAUGGCCUGCACUGUAAUUCUAUAUGGGACAUUCCCUGUAGACGUGAUGAACACAAGACAUGACGUGCAUGGUACACUGUAAAUGGCCUGCACUGUAAUUCAAUAUAGGACAUUCCUUGUAGACGUGAUGAACACAAGACAUGACGUGCAUGGUACACUGUAAAUAUGGCCUGCACUGUAAUUCUAUAUGGGACAUUCCCUGUAGACGUGAUGAUCACAAGACAUGACGUGCAUGGUACACAGAAGAUAUGAGUUACACGUUACACUAAAAACAUCACGUUCACUGUUGACAUGACGUUUUCGGGUCAAUUGAAAUCAAAGUAACCUCUGUCUUGCCAAAGUAAAGUUUACAAUAUCAAAACUACCAAACCUUGACAACUACUCUUCUUUGCUGAAUAUAUUGAGGAUAUUUCAUGUGUCGAGUGAAAUAUAAUGUUUCUCUCACCGAGUGACGGGGGAAAGGAGAUAUUUCAAUCGACACAUGAAAUAUCCUAUUUAUUAUAUACUUUUGGUGUAGUCGUCUGCAGGAAGAUUAAAUUAUUUCAUUACAAAUAUAAAACCUUCAAGCGUAAAUUCUCCCUACAUAACACACAUGGACGGUUUUCCACCCCCUGUAAGUACGACUAAAAAUGUAGUUCCGUCCUUGCUAAAUCUAAAAAAAAUAUAAACAAAAGUAACCAAAAAUAUUUGAUGUCACUAAAAUUCUUUAGUAUACAUUUGAAUAUGAUUAUAUACAAAAUCAACUUCAUCGAAAAAUAAAUUUCAAAUCAAUGAGACGGUUGUUCGAAGCGAAAGAAUACACGCAAUUCAAGUAACAAAAUGGCGUUUUGGGAAACGACUGACAAAUCAGAAGAGAAAUUCACAGUUUAAUACAAAUCAUUUUCAACAAAAUAACAAACGGUAAGAAUCGGUAUUAACUACAUAAAUGAUCAUCUGUCAUUAUAUGAUUUGUAAACGUUGAACUGACGUAAAUCAACAGUUUGUGUACGAGCUGUCUCGUGUAGGCCAAAAUAGUUCCGUCAACGUGUUAUGUUCACUGCAGUGAAAUAUCAGGUGUUAUGUUCACUGCAGUGAAAUAGCAAUUGUUAUGUUCACUGCAAUGAAAAUAUCACUUUUCUCAACUUCAGAAACCUCAGUCUUUCACACUGAAGUAUAUAAUAAAUUGGCCUACACGGCCAUAAAUACUAGUAAUCCAUUAACAUCUUUGAAUAAUCUAUUUAUUAAUAACUUAUAACUUAUAUAGAUGUCGUGACUCUCAUACAUGUCUAGCGGGCACGGGUGGCCCAGUCGUCUAAGUCGCUAUUCGUUUUGCAGAAUUGCCUCCCUUGAGCACACCAGAAACCUAAGAUUGUGGGUUCGAAUCCAGGUUCGCCACAAUUAUGUUUCUAGGUUUGUCAGCACUAUACCCGUGCUCGUGGGUUUCACCGAAGUGGUAAACGUCUGAGACCUGCAUCCCUUCGGGCUUUCCUCCCACAUUAAGCUGACACGCCGCGAUAAAAUAGAAUACUGUUAAAAGCAACGUUAAACCCAACUCACUCACUCACUCACUCUUAUAUAGAUGUCGUGCCUCUCAUACAUGUCUUGUUGAUUUUCAGGUUUUCUGUGGUUAGUUGUUUGAUGGAACCUAUCGCAGAAGUGAUAUUUAUACAUAGCUUUUUUGUGUUCCAACAGUGAUUUGUAUUAUUCCUAACUGAUAGUAAAUCGGGAUUGUUACAAUGUUAUACUGUAUGCAUGUGUGUAUCUAAAUUCCCACAAACCGACUGUAAACCAGUCGAAGAGUGUAUAAUUAAUGAGCAUUCUAUAUUAGUCUUUUCUGGAAAUCUGAUAUCCACUGGGUAUCUUCCCAAAACGUAGACCUGCCAAAACGCAGUCCCGUUAAAACAACACUCGUUAUGGCUGGUUGCAUCAGUAAUUAGUACCCUGUACCCUUGAUUAAGUAAAAUGGUAUCACCCAGAUGUGACCAGCAUGGCCCAAUUAAUUAGUGAGCUAAUUUUAACUGCUUUUUGGGAGGUCUGCAUUUUGGAGGUCAACGUUAUGGGAGGGAACCAUCCACUGUGUUAUUUUGGUUGUUGAUUGGAUACGGAUUGGAAAUAAAACUUUAUAUCUCAAA